AUGUGCUGGUCACCACGGUGUCUCGUUCCAGAGGCGGACCAGGCGCGGGUCCCCGGCGACGGCCCGGAGCUGCUGGCUUGCGGGCAGUGCUUCAAGACCUACAAGCUGCCCUACAACCUCUUCAAGCACAAGCAGUUUGAGUGCGGCCAGGAGCCCCGGUGGCGGUGCCCGCACUGCCCCUUCCGCAGCCGGCUGGAGAACGGGCUGGUGCACCACAUCCGAGCCAAGCAUGAGUCGGCUCCGCCGCGAGCCUCUCUAGAGUGCGAGCGAUUGUUCGGUGUUGACCGGCCCUGGGGGGUGUGCGGACCGAGCCCCGAGCUGUUCCCCUGCGAGAAGUGCGGCAAGGCGUACAGCCUGCGCAACAACCUGCUUCGCCACGUGCGGCGCGAGUGCGGCCAGGAGCCCCAGUUCCGGUGCCCGCACUGCCCCAAGCGCAGCAAGCGCAAGAGCAAUCUCUUGCAGCACAUCCGCACCAAGCACGGCACCUACUGA